AUCAUGUCAUCUAGUCUGUCCGUACGGAGCUUGUCUCUGGGUCGGCAGCCCUCUUUCUCCAGCAUGUCUCUGAGGGACAGCGGACGCGCUCGUUCCAAAGCUGCCGUCUCAUUUGCUGCCGCCAAGCCCCUGUCCCGCUCCUCCUCUCUGAGCAUGACAGAUCUAAACGGCCUGAGCAGCAUGUCUCUCAAUGGUCUCCACGGUAACAGCACCAACGAGAAAGAAGCCAUGCAGAGCCUCAACAGCCGUCUGGCCAACUACCUGGACAAGGUCCGAUCCCUGGAGAAAUCCAACGCUGACCUGGAGCUGAAGAUCAAGCAGCUGAUGCUGGAGCGUGUACCCAAAGGGCACGACAUCGAAUCCAUGUUGGCCCAAGCACACGCCCUAGAGCAGGAAGUAAGGAAGAAAACUCUGGAGAACGCUCGCAUCAUGCUGGAGAUUGACAACGCCAAGCUGGCUGCAGAUGAUUUCAGAAUCAAAUGGGAGACAGAGAGUGCCAUGUGUCAGUCGGUGGAGCGGGACUGCGUGGCUCUGAAGAAAGCCAAGUCGGAUCAUGACCAGAUCAUCGCCACGCUCCGUGGUGACCUGGACAGCCUGAAAGAGGAACUCUACUUCCUGAAGAAAAACCAUGAGGAGGAAAUAGACAGUCUGAGGGCUCGGAUCUCUCAGGAGGAAGUCAAUGUAGAAGUGGAUGUCGCUCACGGGCCAGAGCUGGGCACAGUUUUGUCUGAGCUCAGGUCUCAGUAUGAGGGAAUUGUUCAUAAGAACAAGGAGGAGGCUGAAAACUGGUAUCGUAAGAAGCUGGAAAUGGUGCAGACGCAGGUGCGAGAGAGCAACGAAGCCCUGAGAGGAGCUCAAAGCGAGCUCACUGAGAGACAACGCUUUAUGCAGACCCUGGAAGUGGAAUUGGAGAGCCUGCACAAACAGGUGGCGGCACUGGAGGGUAACCUGGGUGAGACUGGGCAAAAAUACAGCAUGGAGAUGGAGCGACUGCAGGCAACCCUGGCCCAGCUGGAGGACAAUCUGUCUCAGCUGCGUCUGGACAUGCAGCGCAACAAAACGGACUACGAGCAGCUCCUGCGCAUCAAGCAGAACCUGGAGAUGGAAAUCGCAACCUACAGGAGACUGCUGGAGGGAGAGGAGGCAGUUAAAGAGAAGCCUCCACCCCCCAAGAAGGAGCCUGACGUCCGUACCCGUAAGAUAGUAAAGGUGGUAACGCAAACCAUGAUCAAUGGUAAAGUGGUGGAUGAAUCCAGCGAAGUCGAACAGAUUGAAGAGUCAAAGAAGUAAAAAGAACAAGACCGUCUGUGUGAUUUCCUAUAAAAGCCUCUAUUGUCCAUUUAGGAGCCACAUUACCCUGGGCCCCCAGAGGCUCCUGAAUAACACAGACUUUUGUUUCACUCCCAGUCUUUCAAGGAGAUCGACUUUCAUUUCUCAAACAACAAAGAGCUGAAGUUACCAGGGCAAACCAUCAGAUUUAGAGCUGACACUGAAGAGGAAACAAAUGUUCUUGUUAUUUUAGUGACAUGAUGAAAACUUUAGAACUCUAUAUUUAUUUCUGGAUGUUGAAUGUAGGGUAAGGCAGAAUUAAUUUACUUUCGAAUACUUAUGAGUUAAUUUGAGUUUUUGACAUUUUAUCUGUCAGUCUUUAACUGUAACGCAAUAAACUGUU